AUGGAAGAUGGGAUAUUCCAUCUGGAUGAGCUCACAGAGGCCGAAAAAGGACGGCUAGACCAGAUUCAUCAGCGCAAGGACGAAGUCGUUUCCCGAAUUCAUGUAGGUGUAAAGUUCAUUUGUUUUUUGUGGUUUAGAGCGGUCAUUUUUGGAAGAGAAGGGGAGGGCUAGAUCUUAUGAUAAGCUCAGUUGAUCUUUGUUUCUCGCGGAUCAAUGGGAACUGAAGUCUGCUAUGAUUUUCUUGUUAUGAUAUACGAAUAUUUCUAGGAAUUGGAAUCAUUGCUGAUCCGGAAACAAGACGAAAUCGACAGUCUAAACUUGGAGGAGAUAGAGUAGGUGACUGUUUUCCGAAACUGUUCUUUGCGCUCUCAAAGAACGAGCACAGUUUUUGUAUUGUUCCUUGUUUUAGUUAUCACAUGGCUUUGCAAGACCCCAAACUCCAAAUAAGAGCCUUUAACAAGAAGCCCAAACUGACGAUGGACAAGCUGGUGGAAGGAGCGAUCUUGGAGAAAGAUCCCGCUACCAUUGCCAAAUAUUUAUAUGAGACUAGAGGGCUUUCCAAAAAAGCGAUCGGAGAAUACCUAGGUGCAGAUGGGGAAGAUACAAAAUUAGUGCUCAAGGAGUUCAUAAAGUUGCAGAGUUUGGAGGAUCUGGAGAUUGUGCCUGCUCUUCGGACCUUUUUGAACUCAUUUCAAUUGGGAGGAGAGAGCCAGAUCAUCGACAGGGUUUUGGAAACCUUUUCGAAUUGGUUCUGCGAAUCAAAUUCGAAAAGUUCGACUUUUAUUAAUGCUGGUAAGAACAUGAAAUGAAAAUCUAAUAUAAUGUGUAAUAUCUUCAGCGACGUGUCACACAUUCCUCUACGCCGUUCUGAUGUUGAAUACCUCAUUACACAACCCGAAAGUGGUGCAUUCCUUGGAUUUUAUAAAGCCAGCCGACUUCUUGAAGAUCUGCGAGGGAACUUCGCUCUCAAAGGAGUUCUUAUUGGUAAGUUUAGUUUCUUAUUAUUGUCUACUUGACUUUUAGAAUGUAUACAACGAAGUGAAAGCGCAUGCAUUCGUAUACGACAAAUUUGCUGACAUCACCAAGAAUCUUCUUCAUCAGUCAUCCAAGACUGGAUUCCUUUUAAAACAGAGCAGCAAGGGUUGGAAGUGGAACAAAAGAUGGUUUGCACUUAUGGAACAUUGUCUCUACUACUUUGAGGAUCAUGAUGUGAGUGGUUUUCCAAAGUUUGGGAUUUGUUUAUAUUAUACUAGCCAUCAGACUUGGUACAAUAUAAUUUUUGUUUUUUAGACCUCUGCUCCGCGGGGAAUCAUCUCAUUGGAGUCGAUUAGGUUCCGGAAAGUCGAAGAUCGUGCUCAUCCAUAUUGCCUUGAGCUAUUUUCGGUGACUUCGGAUUCAGUUACAGUAUGUAAAUUGGAAAGUAUUGGAACAGUUCCGAAAACAAGUCAUGGGACCAUAAAAUUGGCAGCAGAAACCGAAAAAGACUUGAAGGAUUGGAUGACGGCCAUUGAGUAAGUUGAAUCGAGAUUUGGGAUCAGUUUUUGUCAUGAGUAACUUGACCUUAUACUUGAAAAAAAAACUUAUUAAAGUGGAAUAAAAUUUGUCUAUUUUCAGGCAAAGCGCAUGGAUUCAUGAAUAUUACGAUCUGAUUCAACUAAAAAGAACGCGAUCCCAGAAGAAGUGA